GACCGAGCAGGUCAGUGGCGGCCAGCAGAGGAGCGUGAAGCCGAAGCGGGUCCGGAACCGCAGAACCACAAGCUGCUGGUUGGAGAGGAGCAGCAGAACCCAGAUGGGAGGGACUCUGGGAGCCUGGACUUCCUGUGGUACGGUGAUGAUGACCAUGAUGAAGACGUUCAGCCCGUGGUUCAGGCGACGCCGCGGUCCAGACCGAAACGGGAGGAUCUGACGGACCCAGACUACGAGAUAUCGCCAAGGUCAUUUCCAUCCCGGGUCCGACCUGAGAAGAGGAGAGCCAGUAAACCUCUGAGCUCCAUGACCCACCUGGACUUCCGGGUCCGGGUUCUGGACAACCCGGAGACCGAGGUGCUCUCCAACAUCGUGUUUCAGAAGAGUCCCAUUCAGAACCUGAGCUGUCCUCGGGAUCUGCCGGAGUCGGACUUCCUGGACCUGCUGCGGUCCUCCGUCCCUCAGCUGGCUGCAGGAGAACCGUUCGACCUGUUCAUAACCGACACCAGCAGGAAGCUGCACCCGCUGAGGGUCAGCGCGCUGACCCCUGAGGAGAUCCACAGAACCAUCAGAACCAGCGGGAACUCCGCCCUCUACGUCCGCCUGAAGACAGCAGUCAGUCCUCAGAGCAGCAGCAUCGACGUUCUUCAUCAGCUGGAUGAGGAGUUGAGCGUCAGCUCCGCAACGCCGUCCAGCGAUCAAACCGAGGAGAACCUGAGGUUGUCGUCUCCCGUCGAUCAGCCUCAGAGGAGGCGGCGAGGCCGACCGCGCGCCGGGGAGGCACCGGCUCACCACCUCCUCAGAGUCUGCGUGUUGGAGGGACACCAGUCAGACGCUCCCACAGAAAGUGAGCUGCAGACGUCGGCGGUGCAGGACCUGAAAUGUCCUCGAAGGAUGCAGGAGGCUGAGUUCUUGGACCUGCUGCGGCUCUCCUUCCCUCAGCUGGCCGGACACGACAAAAAGAUCCACAUGUACAAGUCCGACCGCCGCAGGAAGCUGCAGAAGCUCAACAUGAACAACCUGACGCCGGAGGAGAUCUACAGGAGCAUGAGGUCCACCGGGACCAAGAAUCCGUCCUCUACGUCAAACUGAAGACAGAAGGCGAGAUCCGUGAAAACGAGGAGCAGAACCUUCAGCUCAUAAAGGACGAACCUCAGCCCACUGACUGUGUGGUUCUGGAGG